AAGAUGAUAAUGCAAAAUUUGCUUUGCUUCUGUGUAGUUUUUAUAUAAGGGCUCUCUCACCACAAGCGCGCAGAAACCAACAAGUCACACAAAAAUCCACCAAAACUCUCUUGAACCAUACGAAAAACCUCCCUCAACCUUCCCUCUCAUGUUCCUUUCACAGAUAGAUUCAUCCAUACACAGGUACAUGUAGAUAGAGACAGUGAGAGAGAGAGAGAGAGACAGUUCAAGAUAUGCAAACUUCUCACCACCUUCCUGAACAUUUCUUGGCAUCAUCUCGCCGGCCAAAACCAUCAUCACCAUCAUCAUCCAUUAGUUUUCCUGCACAGAGCACCCUUCGGCUCAUAAAACGCAGUCUGGUCUUCCUCAUCUUCUUCAGAUUCAGAUUGAUCUCUCUCCUUGCGCUAAGAUCCAAAGGCUAGCUUGAAAGGAAUCUCUGUUGACUCUUUUUCCUCACUUUCCCUUUCUCCUUUGGUGUUUCGGAGUUCGAUCAGCCGCUAGUUUGAAGCCCGGUUAGCUUUGGAGGGUGGAUUUGAUAGAGGAAACUAGAGAUGGGUUUGAGUACAAAGCAAGUUUCGAAUGAUGGGUUUGAUUGGAACCAGUCUUUGUUGCAGGAUUGCCCCCAAACCCUAGAGAUUCCCAAGUCUCUUCCAAUGAAGAGGCCUCUGCAACACCAGAACCAGCAGCUCCAUCAGCCAUCAGAGCCGUUGAAGUGUCCCAGGUGCGACUCCAUAAACACCAAGUUCUGUUACUACAACAACUACAACAAGUCGCAGCCCAGGCACUUCUGCAAGACCUGCAAGAGGCACUGGACGAAAGGCGGGACCCUCCGCAACGUCCCGGUGGGCGGCGGUCGAAAGAAUAAGAGGCCGAAACCCUCUCACCCCUCCUCCGCAGCAGUGAACUCCAGAUCUGCUGGCUCGCGCAGCAUCUUGACCUCCGCCGCCGCCGCCUCCGGUGCCCCGGUUCAAGCCCCCGAAAAGCAAAAAUUUCAAGGUCUCCAAAGUGAAGCUUGUGAUCAGAAAGACCUGAACGAAAUGCUCUAUCAGGCAUUGAUUUUUCAUCCACCUCCCCUCGAUAACUUGUGCAGCAACAGCAACGUCUUUUUGGGCUCAUCACUCUCUACACCUGAAGCUGCGAAUCUUCACUUCCCUUCGCUUCAAAGCUCAAGCCCUUUGGUGAGAAACACUUGCUCUUCGACACCGAUCUCGUCCUUCGGCUUCUCGUCGACUGCGGAUGCUCAAACAAGAGAAUACAAGCCACAUCUUGAGGAGUGCUCAACAAUCAUCACCACCAGUGUCAUGCCCACCUCCACAUGCACUCAGCCAUGGAAUUUCGGCAAUAUCGGCACGGAGGUGAUGAACAGCACCAGCCAUAACUGGGUUUGGGAUGAUAUGGAUAAGUUGGUCUCUACCAAUCUGUAUUUGCCUAAUUGGGAUGAUGGUGAGACCAAACCACUAUGAGGGCAGCUUAGUUUUUUUACUAUACAUAACCUUGGUUUCUCUUUUUUCUUGGUUCUUUUGGGAUAUAUCUGUGAUGAUUGAUGUUCUUGAAAUCUCUAAAAUUAAACUGGGUGUCUGUGACUUGAUUCUUAUAACUUGUAACAAAUUUAGGCAGAGAGAUAGACCAGACCGUUUGAAGCCGUCUACUUUA